AUGACCCCCACCCUCAUGGCCCUGCUCUGCCUUGGACUGAGUGUGGGCCUGCGGACCCCAGUGCAGGCAAGGACCCUCCCCAAGCCCACCAUCUGGGCUGAGCCAGGAUCAGUGAUCCCCCAGGGGAAGCCAAUGACCAUCUUGUGUCAGGGGACACUGCAGGCUGAGGAGUACCAUCUGGAUAAAGAGGGAAGCCCAAAGUCGUGGAGAAGACAGAACCCACUGGAGCCUGGGGAAAAGGCUGAGUUCUCCAUCCCACAUAUGACACACCUAUCUGCAUGGCCAUAUCACUGUUACUAUCUCAGACUCACAAAACGGUCAGAGCCCAGUGACCCCCUGGAGCUGGUGGUGACAGCUGAGAGGACACUCAGGGGAAUCUACAACGAACCCACACUCUCAGCCAUGCUGAGCCCUGUGGUGACCGCAGGAGAGAACGUGACCCUCCAGUGUAGCUCAUGGCUGGGAUUUGACAGGUUCAUUCUCACUAAGGAAGGAGAACACCAGCCCUCUUGGACCCUGGACCCACAGCUAAACCCUAACGGGCAGUCCCAGGCCCUGUUCCCUGUGGGCCCUGUGACCCCUAGCCACAGGUGGACGUUCAGAUGCUAUGGCUAUGACAGUAAAAACCCCCAGGUGUGGUCAGGACCCAGUGACCCCCUGGAGCUCCUGAUCCAAGGUGUGUCUAGGAAGCCCUCCCUCCUGACCCAGCACAGCCAUGUUGUGGCUUCUGGACAGAACCUGACCCUCCAGUGUCUCUCUGAUGUUGGCUAUGACAGAUUCACUCUGUCCAGAGAGGGGGCACAUGACCUCCCCCAGCGCCUUGGCUGGAAGCCCCAGGUUGGACUCUCUCUGGCCAACUUCUCCCUGGGCACUGUGAGACCCUCCCACAGGGGCCAGUACAGAUGCUACGGUGGACAAAAUAUCUCCUCCGAGUGGUCGGCCCCCAGCGACCCCUUGGAUAUCCUGGUGGCAUGACAGCUCCCUGACACACCGUCCCUCUCGGUGCAGCCGGGCCCCACAGUGGCCUCAGGAGAGAACGUGACCCUGCUGUGUCAGUCAUGGAGCUCGAGGGACACUUUCCUUCUGUCCAAGGAGGGGUCAGCCGAUCCUCCCCUGCGUCUUAGAUCAAAGUACCGAGCUCAGCAGUACCAGGCUCAAUUCUCCAUGAGUCCUGUGACUUCAGCCCACGGGGGCACCUACAGGUGCUACAGCUCACUCAACACCUUCCCCUACCUGUUGUCACACCCCAGUGACACCCUGGAGCUCAUGGUCUCAGAAGCAGCUGAUGCCAUCAGCCCCUCACAAAACAAGUCAGACUCCAAGAGUGCCUCACAUUCCCAAGAUUACACACUGGAGAAUCUCAUCCGGAUGGGCGUGGCUGGCUUCCUCCAGGUGCUCCUUGGGGUGUUCCUAUUUCGGGCUUGGCACAGCCAGAGAAGACCCCAAGAUGCAGUCAGAAGGUAA